GGUUUUUCACCAUGAGUCGGAGGAGGAUAUCGUGUAAAGAUCUGGGACAUGCUGACUGCCAAGGGUGGCUGUAUAAGAAAAAGGAAAAGGGAACUUUCCUAAGCAACAAAUGGAAAAAGUUCUGGGUGGUGCUGAAGGGGUCAUCGCUGUACUGGUAUAGCAAUCAAAUGGCAGAGAAAGCUGAUGGAUUUGUCAACCUGCCUGAUUUCACUGUGGAAAGAGCAUCCGAAUGCAAGAAAAAGCACGCUUUUAAGAUCAACCAUCCACAGAUCAAGACCUUUUAUUUUGCAGCUGAGAAUGGGCAGGAAAUGAACGCGUGGCUAAAUAAACUUGGAUUAGCUGUAAUCCAUCACGAACCCACUACAAAGGAUGAAGAAUGCUACAGUGAAAGUGAACAGGAAGAUCCUGAGAUAGCUGCGGAGACACCACAACCUCCUUACUUUUCCGAGGCUUCGACAUCUUUGGCUGCACAGCAGGCAUCUUCGUCCUCACCCAAACUGAGUAAAACAUCAUGUUCUUUCCCUUCUCUGGAAAAUACAACAAAGACAUCCAUCAGCUUUUCUUCCUCUGCAUCUAAAGAAAGACAGUCCUGGCUUGACACAGCGAGCAGUUCAUCUGCUGCUGAAGACAUGGCUCACUCCAUAACAUGUACUGUGCAGGUUCUUUCACCUGUGCCCUCAGAGGGGAACAGUCACAAGGCUCUGGAAUACAGCUUUGUUACAUCAGAAAGUGGAUUUUUGAACUCUUUAUCUAGUGAUGACACUUCUUCAUUGAGUAGCAACCAAGACCAUCUUACUGUCCCAGAUAAGCCUACUGCAUCAAAGAUGAUGGACAGAGAAGAAACAAAAACAUCUGAAGAUGAUGAGAUGGAGAAACUCUACAAAUCAUUAGAGCAAGCUAGUCUGUCUCCUCUUGGGGACCGACGACCUUCAACCAAAAAGGAGUUGAGAAAGUCUUUUGUUAAGCGGUGCAAAAAUCCAUCCAUAAAUGAGAAACUCCACAAAAUCCGAACCUUGAAUAGCACAUUGAAGUGUAAAGAACAUGACCUGGCCAUGAUUAAUCAGUUGCUGGAUGAUCCAAAGCUGACAGCCAGGAAAUACAGAGAGUGGAAGGUGGUGAACACCCUGCUGAUCCAGGACAUCUAUCAGCAGCAGCAGGCCACGCCUGCCCCUGAAGGCAGCCCCCAGGAACUCAAGAAACCAUCUUCUUCUGCCUAUGUUGAAAGUUCUAUUUGA